AUGUUCUCCGCACGUCGUUCUCUCCGCCAGCUCGCCUCAACUUCUGCCCGUCUUUCGUUAAGGCAGCUGGCUGUCGCGCCCCUUCUUCCGCGCACCGCGCUCCAGGCGACUCGCUCAUUUUCAGCCACCAGUCGCGCUCUCAAAGCUGGAUCCUCGGAUAUCUCCCUUUCACAAAAGCUCUCAGAGGAACUGAAGUACGAGAAAGAGGCCGAAGAAGGGCAGGAGCCAGAAUUCGUGCGCGACUUCGCGUCGCAGGGUAUAUGGCAGAUCAAAGACACGCCUGGCGACAAUGAAAUUGUGCUGACCCGACAGUUUGGCAACGAGAGCAUUCGGCUCGUAUUCUCUGUUGCUGACCUGCAAAAUCAGGAACCAAAUGAGUUUGACGAGGAGGCAGGGGAGGAACGUCCGGAGGAGGAGGAGCAGCAACAGGAUAUCAUGCGUGCUGUUCUCACUAUCACCAAAUCGCCUACCAGUGGAGCGCUUGAGGUAGACAUGACCGCACAGAACGGCCAGUUCCUCGUCGAGAACGUUACGUUCUACCCCGACACGAAGCUGGGCCAAGACACCAGUGUCGAUGCUGAUUGGAAGCGUCGUGGGCUGUACCUGGGGCCUGAGUUCAGCACCCUUGACGUUACUCUCCAAGAGGAGUUCGAGAAAUACCUUGCCGAACGCGAUAUCGGCGAAUCCCUUGCACUGUUCAUUCCCGACUACGCUCAUCAUAAGGAACAGAAGGAGUAUGUUCGAUGGCUGAGCAACGUCCAGAAAUUUGUCGAUAUAUGA